GUACUGAAUAAAUAUGCAUUGGCACAUUAAGUUGCUUUAGUCUUAAAUCGGGUUGAAUACUUUGUCAUCAACGGAUUCUAAUUGCGCAUUAUUAUAAUUUGUUUGUUUAUAAAUAACUUUGUUAAAGUUAGAUAUCUAAUGUCAUUACUAAAUAGAAGCUAUUAGAUCAUAUUCCUGUCCACACAUUCUCUAUAAAAGCAAAAGCGGGACCGAGCAGUUCUUAAUUUAAAAACGAAAUUCGAAUCGAGAAGACGUUAUAAUUUAAAUCGCGGCAAAGGUAUCAGAGAUAUUAGUUUUUUUUUUUUUUUUUUACCGAAAAAGUUAAAUUUUACUUUUGAACGUUUCGUGUCAAUGGUGAGUGAGGUAUACGCGAGGCUUCUAAGAUGUCAGUCCAAAGGGGCGGUGUGGGGGACUUCCGCUAUACUUUUUAUUAUUGCCCUGCCACCGGAUUCGAGAUUUAUGAUUUGGAGACACCUGAGGAAGCGGAAGCUGCUGCUGCAGCCGCCUCCGCCGCCGCCGCCGCCGCCGCCGACAGUAACGGCGUGAACGUGGAAGGCUCAACACACAGGCAGGUGGUCGAUCUCAUCAAGUCAGGAGGCGACUGUCUCACUCUGACAGUCAUCUCUGUCACGCCAAGGGAGGCGGAACGUUUAGAGCCCUGCGACGAUGGCUCCGCCCCUGUCGGCGUCAUCGGGGGCGCGGCGAACUCCCGGGCGACCGUCUACCAGCGGUACGACUACACGGACAAACGAUCGCUCCCGGUCUCCAUACCGGACUACCGUGUCGUCAUGGAGAGGAAUACGGGAAGGUCGUACAUCGCUUUCAACGUGCACAUGGCCGGGAGGCACCUGUGCAGCAGGAGAUAUAGGGAGUUCGCUGCUCUGCAUCAGCAGUUGAGGAAGGAGUUUCUGGGAUUCAACUUUCCAAAGCUGCCAGGCAAGUGGCCGUUCAACCUGAGCGAGCAACAGCUGGACUCGAGGCGGAGAGGACUUGAACUGUAUUUAGAAAAGGUGUGUGCAGUCCGAGUGAUAGCAGAAUCGGAAGCGGUGCAAGAGUUCCUCACAGACUCGGACGACUCGUCCAACCCCUCACCGGUGGACCUGAAGGUGCUGCUACCAGACAAGGAGGUGGUCACGGUCUCCGUGCUGAAGUCGACCAACGCGGACGACGUGUACAGGGCCGUCUGCGAGAAGAUAGGCCUCUCGAAGUCUGUCCAGAAGUAUUUCUACCUGUUUGAGAUCGUGGAGUACAAUUUUGAACGUAAACUCCAACCGAACGAAUGUCCACACUCGCUGUACAUACAGAACUACUCGACGGCGUCCAGCAGCUGUCUGUCGAUACGCAAGUGGCUGUUCAACCCUGAUAGAGAGAUAUCCAUCGUCAAGGAGGACAGUAAGGCGGCUGCCUUCAUAUUCUGGCAGGCGGUGGAGGACGUGAACCGCGGCGUGUGCGUGGCGGGCGCGCGGCUGUACCAGCUGAAGGCGCUGCAGGAGGUGCGGCGCGCGGCCGACUACCUGGCGCUGGCGCGCUCGCUGCCCGGCUACGGCGCGCUCGCCUUCCCGCCCGCGCGCACCGACUGCCGCGCCGCGCCCGCGCUCGCGCUCACCGUCGCCUGGCCCGGCCUCACGCUGCGUCCGUGCGGCGACCAGGACACCACCACCGCCGCCGCCGCAGAGGAGGUGCGCUGGCGCGCGGUGCGCGAGUGGCGCGUGGACGACGACGCGGCCGCGCUGCGCCUCGCCUACGGACGCCACGACCUGCUGCUCUACACGCCAUACUACCAAUUCCUAUGCAACUGCAUGGAUCGAAUAGCGGAGGAAGCAACCUGGGUGGACACCGGCGACUAAGUAUCACCGUCGGAAUUAAAGCGCUUCAAGCGAUUCGGUAAUACGUUAUCGCAACACGCCAACAUUUUAUGGGGAACAACUUCAAGAACUGGCAACACUAAUAGGUAACGUUAAUCAUAUCGGCUCUCUAUCAAACCUUUUACUUUGACAGUUCGUCAAAAUGUUGCCAGUAUGUGAAACAAAUCUACUAAAAUGGUAGCGUUGUUGUAUUAAGUACUAUGUUAGAAUAUUUAUCUAAAUUGUUCUAUCAGAACUAUACUAUUGUAUAUAUUUAGUUAUAUUAUGGUAUAUCGUAUAUCUUUAGGGUCAAUUAUUCAGUAUGAAGUCUAGUAUUGUAUGGUAGACGAAACAGUGGUAAAAUGUAACGGCAUGUACUUUUAAAUAUUACUAAUAGUAAAAUAUUUCGAAGCAUUCAAUUGACAUUUUAACGUCGUUAGAUAAAUUUGAUUCCAAUUAUACCUCAGGACUGAUCUUUUAUUGAAUAU